ACAUUGCAAAAAAAGGCAGCGAGCCCCACACUUUAGAUAAGGACAAUUAGCCACCAGCGAGCCCCUGCCGAAAGAGGGGUGUCAUUAGCGGGGUCCCGCAGCUCAGCAUGCCCCAUCCCAGCUCCUGCCCCCCGGGGGUCCUCGCCCUCCUGGCCCCUUGGCUGGCUCUGAUGGCGCACCUCUCCCUUUCCUCCCAAGCCGGGGACAGGAGAGCGGUCCCCGCAGAGAAACCUCCAGGAGUGAAGGGACGGACUCUCAUUCUUCUGGAUGUGAACACCAAGAGCCCUGUCAGGAUAACCAGUGAGAACUUCCUCUCCUUGCAGCUGGACCCGUCCAUCAUCCAUGAUGGCUGGCUCGAUUUCUUAAGCUCCAGGCGCCUGGUGACCCUGGCCCGGGGCCUGGCUCCCGCCUUUCUGCGCUUCGCGGGGAAGAGGACCGAUUUCCUGCAGUUCCAGAACCUGAAGAACCCGGCCAAGAGCCGCGGGGGGCCCGGCCCGGACUAUUACCUCAAGAACUACGAGGACGACAUUGUCCGCAGCGACAUUGCCCUGGAUAAGCAGAAAGGCUGUAAGAUUGCCCAGCACCCAGACAUUAUGUUGGAACUGCAGCGAGAAAAGGCAGCUCAGAUGCAUUUGGUUUUGUUAAAGGAGCAGUUCUCAAACACAUACAGCAACCUCACGUUAACAGCCAGGUCUCUAGACAAACUCUAUAACUUCGCCGACUGCUCUGGCCUCCACCUGAUCUUUGCGCUGAAUGCCCUGCGCCGAAAUCCAAAUAACUCCUGGAACAGCUCCAAUGCGCUCAGCCUGCUGAAGUACAGUGCCAGCAAGAAAUACAACAUCUCCUGGGAGCUGGGCAACGAGCCCAACAACUAUCGGACGUUGACUGGCCGUGCCGUGAAUGGCAGUCAGUUGGGGAAGGACUAUACCCAGCUGAAGAGUUUGCUGCAGCUUAUCCGCACCUACGCCAGAGCCAGCCUCUAUGGGCCCAACAUUGGGCGGCCCCGAAAGAACGUCAUCGCUCUCCUGGAGGGGUUCAUGAAGGUGGCUGGCCGCACCGUGGAUGCUGUUACCUGGCAACAUUACUACAUUGAUGGCCGAGUGGCCAAAGUGACGGACUUCCUGAAAACACGCCUGUUAGACACGCUCUCUGACCAGAUCAGGAAAAUCCAGAAAGUGGUAAAUACCUAUGCACCUGGGAAGAAGAUCUGGCUUGAAGGUAUCGGAGCCACCUCAGCUGGAGGCACGAACAAUCUCUCGGAUUCAUACGCUGCUGGAUUCCUGUGGCUGAACACCUUGGGCAUGUUGGCCAACCAGGGCAUUGAGGUGGUGAUGCGACACUCGUUCUUUGACCAUGGACAUAAUCACCUUGUGGACCAGAACUUUAACCCUUUGCCGGAUUACUGGGUCUCGCUCCUGUACAAGCGCCUGGUUGGGCCCAAGGUGCUGGCCGUCCACGUGGCAGGGCUCCAGAGGGAGCCGCGCCCCGGCAGGGUUAUUCGGGACAAGCUCCGUAUCUACGCUCACUGCACCAGCUCCCACAACCACAAUUAUGUCCGAGGAUCCAUCACCCUCUACAUCAUCAACCUGCAUCGCUCCCGGAAGAAAAUCAAGUUGGUGGGGACACUGCGAGAUAAGAUUGUUCACCAGUACCUGCUGCAGCCGCAUGGCAAGGACGGGCUUCACGCCCGGUCCGUGCAGCUCAACGGGCAGCCGCUGGCCAUGGCGGAUGAUGGGACACUUCCUGAGCUGAAACCUCGCCCUCUUCGUGCUGGCCGCACCCUGGUCGUCCCACCACUGACCAUGAGCUUCUAUGUGGUGAAGAACGUUCACGCCCUGGCCUGCCGGUACCGAUAGCUCUGCCCGAAAGCCACUGGCCAAGACGAGACCUGCUGGGCCUGCUUUAACCCUCCCCUGUCCUCUCGCUUCCUGCACAGAACUUGCUGCCAGUCGGUGGGGCUGUGACCUGCCCGCUGCAGAAUGGGCCCCCCUCUCCUGGGGCUCUGCACCCGGUGGGAUGUGCGUCAUCACUGGCAGGUCCCGUUCCCCUUGGAGAAUAACCACUCAGAGCGGGAGUCCCGAGCGACUCCUCCAGGGUGGCCCAACAGCACGGCAAUACCUGGCCAGGCUGUCUGCUUGGCCCCAGCCCCACAAGCCAGCUUGGCCCCUGGCAUUGCUGUGCCCGCGGAGGAGAACAUGACUCCAUUGGUGAGACGACUGGCUCCUCUUGGUGCAGUGACAGAGACCUGGGACUCAGGGGCGAUGGUGCCUGGGAGUUGUGGGCCACACGCCCUCUUCACACCGUCAGUGUUUCUUCCACAGGCCGAGUGAAAAUCCGGCUGGUGAAUUCGGCCUGUGCGCACGGACGGCCCGGCUCCACGGGAUCGGACUGCAGGGGAUAGCGCUGCACCAGGCCGGUUUCUGUUAGGGGAGCUGGCUCCUUGCUCUGGGGAAGUGCAGAGACGGGGCUCAAGGGUUGUGUUCUUAGUCUGGGACAGGGAGCACAGACACAAGCACUGCAAAGGGGACGGAGCUCACCCAGCUGGCUAGAGCCAGCCCAGCCCCUCAGAGCCUCCACUUCCCUGCGCUAACCAGGGCAUCUCCCGGCUCUGCGCUCCCCCAGGGCGCUUUGCUCUCAGGCAGGUGCCAGGGGCUCUUGGCAGUUCCAGCCUGCCAGAACCCAGCCACCCUUCUCUCCCCACACUGCCGUGCCGCUGCCCAUGGCAGCUCCAGCCUCCCGGCCGCCCUUCUCCCCACACUGCCCGUAACGGGGGUGAGCCUGGGACUGGGGAAAGAAGUGGGCCAGGCUCAGUGCAGCGCGGGGCUGCGGGGCCUCCCCCCAAGGGAUUUCGUAGUUCACUAUAGUGAUGGGCCGGGCACGGACCGAUCCCCGGGGGUAGCCAUUGCCCUCCGCUGCUUCUUCCCUCGGAUCCAGAGAGUCAGGUCCUGGCAGCCGUAGAGCACCCUGGGCCCACCCCACUGAGAGACUGAGGGCCAGAGGGAUCCUGGUAUCAGCCCACCGAGCAACCCAGAGCUUUCCCAGACAGAAUGUGCGUGGGAGCAGCUCCCCCUGCUGCCGCCUGGCCGUGAGACAGGCGAGGAGGGUGAGGGAAUAGCUUCUACCAGCCCCUCCUGGGGCGCCAGCCGAGCUUCGGAGCCAUGCUGCGAAAUGGGCGGCAUGAGACGCGCUGGGGGGCUGCGAGGAGUCGCUUCGGCCAGGCUAAGGAAGCCCGUAGGGGCUCAGCCGAGCCCUGGGCAGGGGCGUUAGCCAGGAGUCCUGCCCCCGGCACUGGCUGGGGCGCUGCGAGCUGGGCCCGCGGGAGCCUUCGCUGUAAAUGUUAAUAUUUAAAUUAUAUUUUCUGAAGCUCUGCUAGUCUGGAAGCUGGUGGGAGGGAAGUGGGGUGGGGUACCCCACUCCCCAGCUCGCAGGAGAAGUGGGCUGAGGUGGUACAGGCAGGGUCACUGCUCCCCAGGGGCUUGGGAGGCAUCGUUAGAGGUGUGAAUAUUUCCUUCCAGAAGAGAUUUUAUUGAGGUGUGUGGAGAGCCGGGCUCCGGGAGCUAGCUGAGAUUGUGUGGGAGAUGGUGGAUAAUAAAGGUGGGCUGUCCAACCA